AUGGAAGUACAAGAGAGCUUGCUUGACACACUUUUUGAUGAGGAAAUUCUUGAAGAUGGCCAAGAUGUUGAAAUGGUUGUUGUAGAAAAGGGUGAGUUCAUUGAACCGAUUCAAGGGACUAGAGCGAUUCAAGGGACUAGAGCAGGAGAAAGUUCUAAUGUUCAUGAUAUUCAAGAAAAUCAAGAAUUUAACAGGCAGAGUUCAAAACAGAAGAAGAAGAAAAAGAAAAACAAGCACAAGAGAGGUGGCAGUGCAGGUCCAAAUGUUGAUGUGGUCCAAGCUUGUGGAGGUCAGAAGACCUCAGAUGGCAGCCGAUUCCGGAGAGGUGGUGGUGCAUUAUGGAAUAUAAUCAAAGCACUUUUCCUAGGUUUGCUUCAGUCUCAUAGUCACAUCAUAGCCAUCAUGUCACCUUCAUACGUCUUUUUGACACGAUUCAAGCAGCAGAAGCAAGAACCAGCUGUGCAACACAGUGAAACUCCCUCCACAACCGCGCCUCUCGCUGGCAGUCAGAAAGAGGGUAAUCCAUCUGAUAAUUUGGAGCUUGCACGUCAUGAUCAAAGCCAGCACGAAGCCAGACAGAAAAGUGCAUCUGUUCAUGAACGAAUACGAAUGCCAGUUAUAUACGAUGAUUAUCUGCUCGGUAGAGAGGAUUCCGUAGAUAAGGAGAAGCUGAUUACUCCUGAGAUUGGCCAAACAUUGCCUAGGCUUGCAAAGGUUUUAAGCAUUCCACUCUCUUGA